AUGAAACGCUUCCUCGCUUGGGUUCGUGGCAGGCCAGACCCUGGAUCAGUGACGACGGACACUGUAUCACCAAACAAUUCAGAGCUUGUGGAUAAUCGUGCAAGCUCGCGACAGACGCGAAGGAGUCAAGUAGAUGACAUUGAUCUCCACGUCCCUGGGGCAUUUCCACCAUCCCCGACUGUACUACCGCAACUCGCGACGCAUGAUAACAAUCUCGAGGAGAGAAAUAUUCUUGGGGUGACAUCAACUGCGCCGACUGUUGACACUGAAAUUGAUAUUGGCAUCGAUGUCUCAAAGCUGACUCCGCUUCACACCGAUCUUGGACCGCAUUUACAUCCUCGACGAGCAAGACCCAGCACACCGCCUGCGCACAGUACGCGUCGUCCAGAGAGCGCGCGCUCAAAACCGAUUCGAAAACCCAGGUUCAGAGAUGACUCGGCCAUUGAAGAUCCGUAUGGCCAGCAAUACAAGGCAUUUGAAAAGGGGCUCUUUCGAAGCCCGGUCUCGGCUGUCACCCUCGUUUAUCCGGAAACAAAGCCUCUACCGAGCAAUCGAGCCGAGUCAUUAUUCAAGAGGGAGUGGGAACAACGGGAGAAGGAAAAAAAGGCCCUACAGGCAUUGGACGGUCGACCGGCUCGGGUCAUUCCACGGGGACCUGCUGUCCGCCCCUUGUCGAGGGAAUGGCACAUGAAAGUUUCAGAGGCUAUGAGAACCCUGCAAGGGUACGCAGUCGCCCGGUCACCCUCUGGGGAUGACCUAUUUCAGAGGGAUAUCGCGACGUGUUUAAAACCAUUGGCAUGGCUGAAUGACGAGAUGAUCAACGCGUACCUGUCCGUUCUGGUUCAGUAUCUCCGCGAUUCCACGGGAAACAGCGCGCCUGGCGAAAAGCCCAAGUUUCAUGCCUUUAACACAUUCUUCUUCUCCACCCUCAAAGAGAAAGGAUACGAAGGGGUCCGUCGGUGGGCUAAGCGGGCAAAGAUUGGCGGCGAAGGUCUCUUGGAGGUAGAUACUGUGUUUAUCCCGGUGCAUCAGGCGAGCCACUGGACUCUGAUGGUUGUGCGACCUUCGGACCGGACUAUCGAGUAUUACGACUCACUUGGAGCUCGUGGUGCACGGGAAGUUGAAAUCAUUAAGAAAUGGCUUCAAGGGGAACUCGGACUCAAGUUUGAAGCAGAGGAAUGGACAUUCCUUUCCUCCGUCUCCUCCCAGCAAGACAACAUGAGUGAUUGUGGCGUCUUUCUCCUGAUCAAUGCCAAAGCCAUCGCCUUGGGCAUUGAACCGACGGCCUUUGGACCAAAGGACACGGUGACUCUGAGAGCAAAGAUUGUCGCGGAGCUGAUGAAUGGGGGUCUACAUGGUGCAUUUGCUCCCGUCGAUAAGAAGGGUCAAAUCCUGCUCUGA